AAAAUCUGCACGUGCCUACGCACGAUCAGGCAGUACAAGUAUAUGCGUUUGACGUGAUAACUGUGAUGAAGCGGUGAACCUGAAUUGACCUACGAUUUCGCGUCAAUCAAUGUCGAAGCAUGGACGCCGCCAGGAAACUCGACAAUCCAAAUCCACGGGCAUCCGCGAAUCCGAUCAGUAAAUUGUUCUUCUGGUGGUCGACGGGAAUAUUCUGGUAUGGAAAAGACUUGGAGAUGAAAAAUGUAUACAAUAUUAUGCCAGCUGAUAACAGUGAACUUUUGGGAGACAAAUUGGAAGAAAAUUGGACAAACGAAGUGCACGCAGCUAAGAAGGACGGCAGGAAACCUAAAUUUUUCACAGCUUUGAAAAAGAUGUUUAUAUGGUCAUUUUUUUAUUAUGGAGGAUGGAUUUUAUUGUUAACUUCUGUUGUGAGAAUCGUACAAAUAUAUACUUUGGGUCUAUUCAUUUGGAACUUUGAUCCGAGAGCAGCAUCUACUCAGGAAAAAGCGUACCUCUACGCAUCUGGUAUGAUUGCCCUAGGAAUAUUGAAUGUUUUGAUCACUCAUCAUACGAAUCUGGGCUUAAUGGAAAUUGGAAUGCGAGUGAGAAUAGCAAGCUCCUCUUUAGUAUACAGGAAGAUAUUACGCUUGUCCAGUUCUACAGGUACCACUCCGGGACAAAUUAUUAAUUUGUUAUCAAACGACAUGUCAAAAUUCGAACAACUGUUCAUGUACUUACAUUACAUUUGGAUUCUGCCUAUACAAGGGGCUAUAAUUGCAUUUCUGAUAUGGCAGAGCGUUGGUAUCGCUUCUUUGGCCGGUGUACUUCUCAUGAUUGUUCAGACUAUUCCUCUUCAAGGUUACAUAAGCAGAUUGACCUCGAAGUUACGUUUAAAAAUCGCAGUAAGAACCGACGAGAGAGUCCGUUUGAUGUCUGAAAUAAUCAAGGGCAUACAAGUGAUUAAAAUGUACACUUGGGAGAAACCAUUCGAAGAAUUAGUUAAUCGCGCAAGAAAGUACGAAAUCGACGUUCUCACGCUGAUAUCAUAUCUAAGAGGUUUUACAUUAGCCACAUUUGUUUUCACGGAAAGGACAACGUUGUAUUUUACUAUUAUGGCCUAUGUACUUUAUGAUCAUCCUAUAUCCGCCGAUAAAGUAUUCUCAAUGGCACAGUAUUUUAAUGUUCUCCAACUUACUAUGGCAAUAUUUUAUCCGUGGGCUAUGGCGAGUGCUGCCGAAGCAGCAGUUUCCAUAAAAAGAAUUGAAGACUUUUUGUUAUUGAACGAGAACGUUCCAUUGACGCAGUCCUCAUUAACUGUCAAAGAAGCAAGUGUUACAAUGAAAACCGUUAGCGCUUCUUGGACAACGAAUGCAAUCGUAAAUACGUUACAUAAUAUCAACGUUCAAAUUAAAGAUAAAAAACUUUACACUAUCGUUGGUCCUGUGGGCGCAGGAAAGAGUUCCUUCCUGCAAGCGAUUUUAGGCGAAUUGAAAUCGUCGCAAGGUCAAAUACACAUAGACGGCAAAAUGUCAUAUGCCAGUCAAGAGCCCUGGCUAUUCGCAGGCACAGUGCGAAAUAACAUUUUGUUCGGCCAGCCUUACGACAAAGAUAAAUAUCAGAAUAUCGUAAACGUAUGCGCUCUUACGAGGGAUUUCGAACAACUUCCGUAUGGCGAUAAGACCUUAGUCGGUGAAAGAGGCACGGCACUCAGCGGUGGACAACGUGCAAGGAUUAAUCUGGCGAGAGCCGUCUACAGAGACGCCGAUAUUUACCUUUUUGACGAUCCUUUAUCAGCUGUUGACACUCACGUUGGUAGACAUUUAUUUAACGAGUGCAUGAAUAAUUAUUUGCGAAACAAGACAAGAAUACUCGUGACUCAUCAAUUGCAGUACUUGAAACAAUGCGACUACAUCGUUAUUCUUAAUAAUGGUCAAAUUGAGGAUGAAGGCACGUUUACAGCCCUUCAAGAGAAACGUGCGACCUUUUUGGAAGUAUUAAUGAGAAACGAAGAGAUUAGCGAACAAACAAAGGAAUCAUUAAAAACCGACGCAGAUCCUGCAUCUGCCGUAAUUCAAAAUGAUAACGAUGAAGAUACGGAGGAAGCCGAACCUCAAGAAACCGAAGAGCUUCUGGCCAAAGGAAAUUUGUCGAAAUCGCUUUAUUGGAAAUAUUUUCGUAGCGGUGGCUCAAUCAUUAUGAUCAUGAGCUGUCUGUUUUGCCUGAUUUUGGGACAAAUCGGAAGUAACGGCUGCGAUUACUGGGUCGGUUAUUGGACGAAGCAGGAAGAGUUACAUAUCAAAACUAUGCGCGAACGAGAGCACAGUGCAGCGAACAACCUUACAAUGCCUUCUUCCACAUUGAGAUUUACUGGACAAAUGGAAAAUAAAUCAGAGAUUAAUAACGAGUUUGUAAACACUACAGACUAUUAUAGGGAGAAUAUACCCAAUGAUACUAUAUCGUCACAAAAUUUUACUAUUAAUAACUAUGAGGAUAUGUACUAUCUCGAUACGGAUACGGCCUUGUGGAUUUACGGAGGUUUUAUCAUUAUUAGUGUUGUGGUAACGACAAUACGAAAUUUAAUCUUCUACAAGAUAUGCAUGAACGCCGGCAAGAAUCUGCAUAACUUCAUGUUUUCGUGCGUACUUAAAGCGCCGAUGUCAUUCUUCGAUAACAACCCAUCCGGUCGAAUUUUAAAUCGUUUCUCGAAGGACAUCGGCGCAGUGGACGAAAUCUUACCCAGAUCCAUGAUAGAAUCCAUUCAAAUAUUUGCAGUGACAAUUGGAAUUCUGGUGCUAGUACUUAUUAUCAAUUGGUGGAUCAUAUUCGCGGUAAUCAUUAUGUUUUUCUUAUUCGGCGUGAUAAGAAGAAUUUAUCUUCCAAUAGCGCAAACCACAAAACGACUAGAGGGAAUUGCGAAGAGUCCUGUAUUCUCGCAUGUAAACUCCACAUUGUCGGGCCUGACGAUAAUACGUUCUACCGGUGUCCAGGAAAUGAUUCGCAAACAAUUCGACGAACAUCAAGAUUUACACACUGGGACCUAUUCGCUAAUUGUCGCAGCUGGCACAGCGUUCGGCUUGGCGCUAGACAUCGUGUCUGUCGGAUUCAUCGCUGUCGUUACGUAUAGUUUUGUCAUAUUCGACGAUGGAAACACUUUCGCCGGAAAUGUCGGUUUAGCAAUCUCGCAAGUGCUCAUCUUGUGCUCUAUGGUGCAAUACGGAAUACGUCAAACUGCCGAGACGAUUAUACAAAUGACGAGCGUAGAAAGAAUAAUGCAAUUCACCGAGCUUGAAAAAGAGGGUCCGUUCGAGAGUAAUCCCGUAGAUAAACCGUCGAGUAAUUGGCCUUCUAAGGGAGAAAUUAGAUUCGAUCGUAUUUAUCUUCGAUACUCCGAAUCCGAGCCACAUGUCCUCAAAUGUUUAAGUUUCAUCAUCGAACCUGGAAUGAAAGUUGGAAUUGUGGGUCGUACCGGAGCUGGAAAAUCAUCUCUGAUCUCCGCUUUGUUUCGUAUGGCAAAACUCGACGGCGCUAUCUACAUUGACAACAUUGACACAAAGAAGAUCGGUCUUCACGAUUUGAGAAACAAAAUCUCCAUAAUACCGCAGGAACCGGUAUUGUUCUCCGCUACACUUCGAGAUAAUCUCGACCCUUUUCACAAGUUUCACGACGCCGAUCUGUGGAGUGUCUUGGAGGAGGUGAAAUUAAAACAAAUGGUGGACUCGUUGGACUACCGCGUCGAGCAGGGCGGCAGUAACUUCAGCGUUGGACAACGGCAGCUGGUUUGCCUGGCGCGCGCCAUUCUACAGGACAAUAAAAUACUUGUACUCGAUGAAGCUACCGCCAAUGUGGAUCCUACGACGGACGCGCUCAUACAAGCCACGAUCCGAAAGAAGUUUGAAGAAUGCACGGUACUGACAGUAGCGCACAGAUUGAACACGAUAAUAGACAGCGAUAAGGUACUGACAAUGGAUCAAGGUCAAAUGUUGGAAUUCGAUCAUCCGUACAUUUUGCUGCAAAACGAACGAAGCCACUUCAAUGGCAUGGUGCAAGAAACGGGAAGGGCGAUGACUGAACAACUUAAACAAUACGCCAAAGAGGCUUACGAUCGACAGCGUGGGCUGUCAUGAUUUUCUAGGGAAGUUGUACUGUAACAGCAUCUCUCUGAUGACAAACGAACAAAUCUACUUGCCUUUUUUUCUACUUAAUUUUAAUUAAAUAUUUUUACUUUUUGAUGCAAUACUUUUUAGAGACAACUCAUUAGGUACUUACUUUAAAUAAUUUGUUACUUAUUUUUACUUAUUUUUUUAUAAACUUUUAUGUAGUUUGAAAGUAAAAUUUCCUUUUUAGAAAGUACAUUUAUCAUCUUCGCGCUUACAACGAGGCCUUUAAUACAUUUUUACAAGUAAUAUCUUCUACAAGUUUUAAGAGUUUCUACAAACGGCAUUGCUACAACUUUGAAAUAAUUGAAAUAUCAUUAAAAAAAACUAUAUUUUGCUUGAAAAAUGCUGAUAAUGACGCAAUCAAUUGCAACAAGUUUAUAAUGCUAUUGUCGGUAAUCAAGUUGUUUGACAAAUUGAAUUUAUCUGAGAGCAUACAAUAAUACAAUGCAAUGCUAAACUUCUGCAUAGGAAACAAAAAAGGGCAUGUUAUUUACUGAUACUCGAGUGAUAUUGUCAAUUGUGAUAUUACACGUAUAUAUGAAAAAUUAGUAGAAUCAACUAGGAUUCGAAGAAUCCUUCAUUCUCACUUCUAGAACUUAAGAUUCUUCCUUAUAACUGCUCUCCCAUCAAUACCUAUAAAUUGAUGAGCUUUAUGGCCCUAUGUAUCUUAUACAUGUAUGUUAUGACAGUAAAAUUGAAAGAAAUAAGUUUUUUAAAUGAUUGAUUAUUGAGAAUUUGUAUCAAGAUUAUUGUAAUAUUAUAUAUAAAUAAAAAUAUAUACUCUUCUGUAAAAA